GACAAAUUCUUCGCGGGAGCUUGCCGGGAGGCUGCGGGGAAAUUGGGGAUGAGGAGUGGGAGUCUACAGCUAUCGAGAAAGAAGAUUUUCCCAUGGUGGUGUCGUUUCCCUGCAAUCCUAGUUGCAUUUACUCAUAAUGAAGAACCUACUGUUAUGUUAACCUGAGUCCUUCUAUUGAAGAUGAAGCAGGAGUCUUCCCGAAGUCCUUCCUAUACGGUGGAGUGUGAGGAUUUUGUUCAUGUGGUGGAAUUCAACCCAUUUGACAGUGGGAUUGCCGAAUCGUUAAUAGCUUACGGAGGCAAUAAUUAUGUGGUUAUUGGACGCUGUAGCUUCCAGGAAGAGGAUGCAGAAGUGGAUGGAAUACAAUAUAAUAAACUAAGGACGUUUCAUCAUGGGAUCAGAGUUGAUGCUAUAGCCUGGAGUCCAGAAACUAGACUUGAUGCUUUACCUCCCUUGCUACGAUUUUGUACUGCAGCUGCUGAUAGGAAAUUGAGAUUAUUCACAUCAGAUCUCCAAGCUAAGAAUGAAUAUAAGAUGAUGGAUGGCCACUCAAAUUAUAUAAAUGAUCUGGUAUUUGCGCCUAAAGGAGGUCAAGAAAUUGCAAGUGUUAGUGAUGACCACACCUGCAGGAUCUGGGACUUGGAGGGAAACGUGAGAGCUUGUUUUGUUCUACGUUCUCCAGGAAUGAGUGUGGGUUGGCAUCCUGAAGAUGCAUUUAAGUUGAUGGUUGCAGAGAAGAAUGGAACGAUACGCUUCUAUGAUCUUGUGACCCAUCAGGCCAUUUUGUCCCUCACAACUGGUCAGGCUCCCCUGAUGUCAGCACACUGGUGUUUAAAAAACACCUUUAGAGUUGGAGCAGUUGCUGGAAAUGAUUGGUUAAUCUGGGAUAUUUCACGAUCUAGCUAUCCUCUGGAUAAGAGACCUGUUCAUGCCGAUAGAGCCAAAUUAUUUAGGUGGUCCAUGGUCAAUGAAAACCUGUUUGCUACUACCGGCUUUCCUGGCAAAAUGAACAGUCAGCUUCUUAUCCACCACUUAGGCCAUCCUCAGCCCAUCCUUAUUGGUUCAGGAGCCGUGGGGUCUGGCUUGACUUGGCAUAGGACGCUCUCAAUAUGUGCCAUGGGUGGAGAUCACCGUAUUUUUUUCUGGGUGACAGAAAUGUAAACAUUUGUAUAUGGUUAUUGCCCAUGAGACUGGGAAGAAGUUAAUAGCACAUACUUUUUAAAAGCCACUAUUUUUUAUUGCUGUAGUGUCACCAUACAAGGUUCAAAGCACAUUUGGUGGUUUGGGUUUUUUUUAAAAAAAGAUUGCACAUGUAAAUAGUUCCAUUAAAUCAGAUUCUAUCUCUGAAAGACGAUUUUGUAAUAAAGCAUUUCUGUUUCUCCUGA